CGGCUCUCUCUCAGCUCUCUCUCUCUCUCCGCUCUCUCGCCUCGUGCGAGCCAGCGUGUGACGCGACAUCAUCCCUCCUCCUCGCAAACCCCACCCCAUCAUCAUCCUCCUCCUCCUCUCGGACGCAGGAAGCAGCAGAGGCGAGCGCGCACCCAAGCCAGAGAUCGUCCGCGACUGCUCCUAGCAGCAAGCAGCAAGAAGAAGGAUCUGAGCAGCCCCCCCCAACACAGCCCCGCCAGAGUCGACCCUCCAAUCUCGUCCACCCUCCAAUCUCGUCCACCCUUCCCGCCCCGAGCAACGCUCGCUGCUCGCAAUCGACUUGGUUCGCUAAGCGUCGCGUCUCGUGGGCGAGAAAGGUUCCCACCACCACCACUACCACCACCACCUCCCGUGUUGGCGAGGCCUCGCGAUUCUGCCCCAUGGCACAGAGGCACGGAUACCGCCGUCGCCGCAGCAGCAGCAGCCAACAGCGUUGAUCGGCCGACCCCCGCGGAGCCUUCGAGUCGGCGGACCGCGGCUCGCCCCCGGGCCUCGCCGUCGCCGUGGCGGAACUUCCUCCUCCUCCGCCGGCGUGCCCCCAGUCCCGGCGGCGCUGCGGGGGCAGCGGAGGGCGACCGUAGCCCCCCCCCCCCCUCCAGCCGUGCCAGCCAACCGGACCCCCCCCCUCUCCUUAUGCCGAUGUUAGCCUGCCUGGGCGUCAUGGCCGCCACCAGAGACGGCACGGUGAGCGCCGGCAGCGGCAGCAACGAUAGCGGCGACGGCGGCGGAGGAGGCCGCGGCGGCCGCGGCGACAACGGCGACGGCCGGCCCGCGCCGCUGCCCAACGGCGGCUCGGCGUCGCUGCACCGCUCCGGAUCGGUGAACGAGGGGGGGGCGGCGGCGGCGGCGGCGGCGGCGGCGGCGGCGCCGUGGUGGGAGCUCGGCGAGGCGGCCCUGAGCCAGAGUUGGCCGCGCGAGCAGCCCGGCCUGCACGUGCGGCUCUACCACGACCUGCAAGAGGCGCAGUUCCUCUCCUUCCCGCCCGGCGAGUACGUCGCCGAGGAAAUCUGCGCCUACGUGGCACGCACGAGAGACAUUCUACUGAUGUACCACAGCCUCUUCGCGCUCUCCAACGAAGACGUGGCCCUCUGGUAUUCCCCGAGUCACAACUUCAAGGUGGAGCCCUCCGCCUCCGUCAUCGUCACCUUCCGCAUCCGGUUUUUCUUCCCCCACUGGCACGGAGCCGAGGGUCCGUGCGCUCACAGAUUCAGCCUGUCCAAGGACGGGGAGAACGGAAUCUUCGACGACCACGUCAUGAAUUACCUGUACUGCCAGGUGCGACACGACUUUGUGAACGGGCGCGUGUCGCUGAGCGACGUGGCGGGCGUGGAGGAGGAGUGCCUGGGCAUGGCCGUGCUGGACAUGAUGCGGCGUGCGCAGCUGCAGAGCAUCACCCUGCUGCAGGUGUUCAACAGCAUGAGCUACAAGAAGUGCCUCCCGGUGGACGUGCGUAGCCGCAUCCAGAGCUACAACCUGCUGACGCGGCGUCGCAUCCGCAACCGCUUCCGGCGGUUUGUGCGCCGCUUCGGGCAGUGCCGCACGGGCCUGCGCGACCUCACGCUCAAGUACCUGACCAACGUGGAGAGCCUCGACCCCACGUUCGGCCAGGAGGUGUUCGGCGCCAAGCAGCCCACCGACCAAAAGUCGCUGCUCGUCGCCGUGUCCGCGCAGCACGGCGUGCAGUGGCGCUUCGACGGAGAGACCCCCAUGCCCUUCCAGACGUUCUGCGACUUCUCGGCCAUCACGGACAUCAGCAUGCACGCGGCCUGCACCCCCAAGGACGGCUGCAUCGUCACCAUCAACCGCCAGGACUGCAAGCCCAUGGAGCUGGAGUUUGCGACACUGCAGGAAGCGCAGUCGGCCAUCUGCCUGCUGGACGGCUACUACCGCCUCACCGCCGACGCUCACCACUACAUGUGGAAGGACCUGGCGCCCCCGCGGCUGGUGGAGCUGUGCCGCAACUACUGCCACGGACCAAUCCUCUCCGACUUUGCGGUGCAGAAGCUCCGGCGCUUGGAGCACGGGGAUGGCCACUUUGUGCUGCGCUGCAGCCCCAAGGAGCCGCACCAGUUCUUCAUCAGCGUGCGCGUGCGGGACAACGACUUCAAGCACUGCCUGGUGAGGCAGGAGGGCUCCAAGUUCGUGCUGGUGGGCGGGCGGCGCUCCUUCCCCACGCUGGCCGAGCUCGUGGCGUACUACCGCUCGGAGACGCUCCGCUCCGACGGGGUCACCUUCCGCUUCACGCACUGCUGCCCGCCCAGACCCAAGGAAAAGUCCAACCUGCUCAUCGUCAGGAGCAACGACGCGUCGGAGAUGCCGAGCUCUCCCACGAUGCAACGCAGCGUCGGCCGCAUGCAGUUCAACAGAGUGAGGAGCGAGAACCUGGAGCAGGAGCGCCACAUCGGCAGCGGCACGCUCACCGACCUCUACGUGGGCGUGCACAAGGAGAUGAGCGACUACGGCGAGCUGCGCCGUGUCGACGUCAUCCUCAAGGUGCUGAGCAGCCAGCACCGCAACUGUUCCGAGUCGUUCCUGGAGGCGGCCAGCAUGAUGAGCCAGCUGUCUCACAAGCACCUGGUGCACAUGCACGGGGUGUGCGUGCGGGGAGAUGAGCAUGUCAUGGUGCUGGAGAAGGUGCGCUUCGGCUCGCUGGACACCUACCUGCAGCGCCACCGCCAGUCCGCGCUAGCGCUCAGCUGGCGGUUGCAGGUCGCCAAGCAGCUCGCUUGCGCCAUGAGCUUCCUGGAGGACAAGGGCAUGGUGCACGGGAACGUGUGCUCCAAGAACGUGCUGCUCACCAGGGAAGGCAACGCCCGGGACCACACGCAGCCGUUCAUCAAGCUCAGCGACCCGGGAGUCAGCAUCACGGCGCUGUCGCAGGAAGACCGCGAGGAGCGCAUCCCCUUCCUGCCGCCCGAGUGCCUGGAGGACCCGCGGAGGCUGAGCCUGUUGGCCGACAAGUGGGGCUACGGCGCCACGCUGUGGGAGAUCUGCAUGCAGGGGGAGCGCCCGCUGCACAAUUUGACGCGCGAGGAGAAGGUGAACUUCUACGCGCGGCGGCAGCAGCUGGGGAAGCUGUCGUGGCCCGAGCUGGCCGAGUUGAUCAGCAGGUGCAUGAACUAUGACCCCGAGAUGCGUCCGUCCUUCCGUGCGGUCGUGCGGGAGCUCAACAGCCUCAUCAACUCAGGGUACGAGGUGCUGCCCCUGCAGGACGAUCGUAAGCCGGAGGAGCCGGUGAUUCCCUACCCGGCGUGGACCGGCCUGCAGGACCAGAACACGUUCGAAGAUCGCUACCUGAAGUUCAUACGCAUCCUGGGAGCGGGGAACUUCGGGACGGUGGAGCUGUGCCGCUACGACCGCCUGGGAGACGACACGGGCGACACGGUCGCCGUCAAGAAGUUGCAGGGCAACCCGGAGCAGUCGAACGCCGACUUCGAGAAGGAGAUCGAGAUCCUCAAGUCCCUGCACCACGAGAACAUCGUCAAGUACCUCGGCGUUUGCCGCGGGACCGGUGGGCGCAGCCUCAAGCUGGUGAUGGAGUACCUGCCGUUCGGAUGCCUGCGCGACUACCUGCUUCACUACCGCGAGAAGACCGACCAGAAGUGCCUGCUCAUGUUCGCCUCGCAGAUCGCCAAGGGCAUGGACUACCUGACAACCAGGCGCUGCGUCCACCGGGACCUGGCGACGCGCAACAUCCUGGUGCAGAGUCACACGCAGGUGAAGAUCGGCGACUUCGGCCUCGCCAAGGUCAUCCCACAGGGCAAGGAAUACUACAAGGUCCAGCAGCCCGGGGAGAGCCCCAUCUUCUGGUACGCGCUCGAGUCGCUGAUUGAGAGCAAGUUCCUGGCGGCGUCCGACGUGUGGAGCUUCGGCGUCGUCCUCUACGAGCUCUUCACCUACAGCGACAAGAACAAGAGCCCACCGCAGGAGUUCAUGCGGAUGAUGGGUGGCGCCAAGCAGGGCCAGAUGGCCGUCGUGUUGCUCAUCGAGCUGCUCAAGAACGGGCAGCGGCUUCCCCGGCCGGCCGAGUGCCCCGAGGAGGUGUACCGCAUCAUGCUCGACUGCUGGCACACGGAGCCACCGCAGCGGCCCGGCUUCCGCGACCUCCUGUUGCGCAUCGACAGCAUCCGCGACAAUAACCCGCGCGGCUGACGGGGCCGGCGCGCGGUGCCAGCGUGGAGGAGAUGCCCGGCGUGGAGGCGUUGCAGCGAGAGGGCGGGCGGACGGAGCCAAGGGUCGCACUCGCCGUGUCUCCGUCGCCCUGAUGAGCGGAUGUUUGUGGACCCUGAAAAAGCUAAAGCCAUCCCCCCAACCUCCCCCCCCCCCCCCCGCCCCUAAGGCGGCAGCUCGUCACGCAGGAGCGCCGUCUGCAGCACAACACCCAUGGCCUCCGUCUGCGUGCGGGGGCCGCGUUCAGUCCGCCAGACUUUGCCGGCUUCGGCGAUUUCCCAGAGUCGUUACGACGGACUCUUUUUUUUAUGUCGCCGUUGCGUUAGGAGGAUGGUGGUGAGCAGCGCUCGCUUGCCGUGUGUUCAAGGGCUUCUCCGUUGCCUUGUAAAGAGUCUCGGGCUUCAGAUUUUUAGCGUUGCCGGGACCUGGAUUCUCCCUGCGGCUUUCCCUGCGACAGAACUGCACCUGUAAAUAUUGUUUGGAUUUUUGGUCCGCGUAACCUGGCAAACCCUCCCACCGCCGCGUGGUUCAAAUCUACGCGCGGAUGAAAAUGCAACACAAAUAAACCGCAGCAGGGCAAACCUCGGUGGUGGCAGCAGCAAAGAAGCCCAGAUUCCUGAACUUCAUCAAGAUUGCCUUCAUGAAACGACGACGACGACGAUUAUUUAGAAGCGGCAACCAGUUUUCACGCCAGUGGCCGGCACCCAUCCACAUUUAACUCUGCUGCACUCGCCCGCAUGUCUACGCGAUUCGCGUGGCACGACGUUCACGGACCCUUGCCCACUAUAACAACGCGCGCUUAAGCUGUGAAGGGAGGGGUUGUGGUGGUGGUGGGGGGGGGGGGGGGUGUUUCACUGGACAAUCGCGAUACCCUUAACUCCCCAACACCCCUGUUCGGUCACGGCAAUGUGCUCGGCCACCAGAUUCCUCUCUCGAACGUUUUUCGGGAAUCGCUUGUAAGACUAGAGAGUAGGUGGCAUAUGUAUUCGUAGUAAGCCACGGCCAUAGCGAGGUAUACUGGAUGUGGUGUGCCGCGUUGGGGUAAUAUUUUCUGGGUUGCUCCACCCCAGGGCAACCCCACCCCCUCCCCCACCGCUGAAGUUGAUGCUUCAAUCCUGGGUGCCCGACCUUUUCUGCCAGGGCGGGUGGAGGGGGGUACAAUGUGAACCCUGACCUUCCACCGUCGAUGAAUGGCGAUGGACAUCAGACGCACAAUUAACCCAUUGUUAGUGCCACCUCUGGCCCUGCUUGGCCCCGAAGCCGGAUUAAGACGUCUUGCGGGGUCGGCGUAUCACAGGCACGAGGGUCUGGCUCGGCUUUGAAAUAUAACCAAUGGGAAAAACCUCCGAUUACCCCUAGGGCACUCCCCGCCUCUGAUGUGCCAGUGGAAAAGGGGCGUUUAUUGCCGUGAAGUCUCGGCGUCCCCCCUCCCCCUGUUCGCGCUUCUGCCCCAUCGCUGCGGGCAGCGGGUUCGUUGCUUCGCCUAAAAAAAAAGUAAACCAAAGUUACGUUUUAGGGUCAGUACGCUCUGUAAAUGGCAGCCGCGCUCGCCGCACGGCCGCCCAAGGGGGUAGCGGAGGCGGUGGGGGCGCACGCAGACUCAGCCCAAGCAACUCAAGGGGGGGGCACGUGCGCCACAUUAUCGGCUUGCAUGCAUAUCCUAAUAAACAGAGCAAAAAGCCAGUUAAAGCUCUAUCUCACUGCACACCGUCUCAACCCGGAUCCUUCACUUAAUCGAGCUACAUCUGCUGUCAUCUCACUUGGAGGUUAUAAUUGUAAGAGAUUGGGGGGUGGGGGGCAUAAUAAUUUGUUGCUUAGGGUCCCCCUCCCGCCCCCCCCAGUUUUCGAGCACCACCACAGAUGGGACCGCUCUGGCCUGAGUGACCUAGGGGGCCGCCUGAUAAGAGGAAGGGCGGCACGCAGGUUUCUGAGAGGGAAGACAGGGAUCGCAUGAGUGGUGGGGGGGGGGGGUCCACCUGCCAGAAACAAAUAGCCUGCAAGGAGUACAUUACCCGGAGUGCCAAGGAGAGGGGGAGAACGAGGUGGGAGUGCAACAGAUCAUUCGGUCAUGAUGAUGAUGCUGCUGCUGCAAGGACGAUGCAAAAAGUAAAAAACACAUUCGUCAAUAACGCUGUGGCCUUGAAAAGGAUCAAAUACGUGAUUGGCGACAGGUCAGACAAUAGCCCUUCCCAUCUUAGUAGAACAUUAAGUCUGCGUCUUGAGAGGUGUCCUGGGAAAACCAGGGCAGGUGGCAACCAUAGGGAACAUGGAUGUUGUGGGUAAGAGUUGUUGCGAUGACUGGCACAGGGCGGUUGAAAUAUGGAAUCCGUUCUGCUGUUAUGAAUUUGCCCUUGAAGGUUCCAAAUUCGUGCGUCGAUGCAUUCCUAGGAGUGUUUUUCUUGCCGUACGCGAUUUCACUUUUGCAGGAAUAAGCGUGGACUCUAAGGGCCAAAAAACAAAAAGAGAGAAUGGGGAAGAAGAAGAGGGGUCGUCGUGCAGAUAGUGCCCAAAGGCACGGCUCUCAACAGACGAGAGCUUUGGGCCAGAGGUCAGAGGAGGUCAGAGGAGGUCAGGUGUAUGUCAGUGGCAGAGGGCAGCACACGCAGUGGUGGUGGGGGGGGGGUCUUUAAAGGGGCAGAGAACUUUGAGGUCGUGCGUGCGCGUGACCUCUGCGGCAACGCCUCGCGCUCUUGCCGGUCUCGACGGGGCAAGGGUUGCCGCCCCGACCUCACCGGAAGACGUUUUGUUGUGGCGAAUGGUCGCUGCGUCGUCGUCGUCACCCGCGGCUUUUUAUACUGUACACGCGCGCGCGAAACGCCUCCUGCAAAUUGUGCGCCAAAAGCGGCGGGCAGACAAAGUUGCGCCACCGUUCUUCCCGCUUGAGGGCAUUAUAGCUGGGGGGGGAGGGGAGGGCAUUCUGGUGGUGCCGGCGAUUACAAAAAAAAAACCCCGGGCAGAAAUGAUCAUCAAUGCUGCGUGAAUCGGGCCACCGAAAGAGUGAAAAGCGAAUAGGAUGGGUCUGGGCUGCCAAAUAUUGAGGGUUAGAGGAA